CCUGUGUACAUUUUGCUGGCUCAUGAAUAAGGUCAGCGGUACGAUCCUUCAUCUUCUUUUUCCAAGAUGGAGGCCGAUUUGGAACUUGAUUCAGAAGAAAAUGCUGGACUAACAGCUCAGCCAGUCAGAAAAAAUAUCUCUUUGAAAUUGAAAACAAAAUCCAAAUCCACAUCAGCUCUGGGGAAAAGCAAGAAAAAAGAAAGUAAAAGUUCUGACAGGAAAGCAGCUGCACUAGAGGGUGAAAAAGAAGCAAGAAAGAAGCAAAGAUCACCAGCUUCAUCUGGACCUAAACCACAAGUGAAAGAACUAGAAUGGAAUCACAAGAUUAUGAUCAUUGGUCAAAAAGUUCAAGAUCCUCUGCUGCACCUAUGUGAAAAGUGUUCACUUCCAAUACUUGUUUAUGGCAGACUGAGCCCAUGUAAGCAUUCAUUCUGUCUCUCUUGUGCAGAAAAGGGUGCAGGAAAGUGUCCAAGGUGUGGCGAGGGAGUUCAAAGGAUUGAGCGUGCACCACUGGGCAGUGUUUUCGUGUGUUCAUUUGGUGGUAGUCGUUACGGUAUCUCAGGAUGUCGUCGCAGCUAUUUUUCUCAAAGGGACCUUCAAUCGCACAUUAAAAGACGUCAUCAGCGUGAGCAAGCGGGAGGGGACAGCGACGGGAACGAGGACGCUGAGACUGAAGUAAAUCGCGUAAUUUUCCCUCCCGCUGGAGGCGGGGUACCUUUCUUCAUGCACCCCCCUCGAGAAAAUGCUCCAACUGCUGUUAUGCCCCACCCAAUAGCUGCGGGGGAAAGACCUUUUAGCAAUGUCCCUCUUCCUGGAGCAGUCUCCAUGGAAACUAGACACUUUGUACAAACAAUCCCACGUGAUGCGUUUUAUAUGGAAGCUCCUCGUCCCCAGCCUCAGCAUCCACCAGUCAGUGGGUUUCCUGCACAAGCUCCUCCGCAAGUGGCUGCUGCUCACAUUUCUCACGUCCAGCCUGGUGUUUUCACACACCCAGAACAACCUCCUAGAUUCGAAGAGAUAAGAGCUGAACAAAGAGUAUCUCGACCAAUCCCAGUACAAUCCAACAUGGAUGACGGGUUUGGACGACGAGGAUCAGGGGGACCUGUUCCAGGAGCAGGCUUUCGUUUUCCAGGCCCUGAACCAGAAGCACGACCCGGAAAUUGGCAGCCAAGGUCAGAGGGUGAGUGGAUGCAGCAAGAAAGACCUCCGGUCAGGAAUGAAAGGGAAUGGAUCCCACCUCCAGGAAGGACUGAAAGAGAUUGGGUUCCACCCAGAUCUGAUGGUAACUGGACUCCACGUGGUCGCGUCCCUCAAGGGGACCCUCAUUAUAGACCAAUGUUUUAGGGAAAAAAAAAGAAAAAAAGAGUGAUUGUCAGAGAAAACCGGGCAGAGGCAAAAGAUCGGGGUAAACCGAUUUGCACCAAAUGUUCAGCAAUAAAAGACUAUCCGAUUAGAUGACGAA